AGCUGAAUCUAAAGAAAGAGACUGAAAGCCUACAAGACAUGAAAAAUGAACUGGCUGUAGAUGAUGGUGUACUCCAUCAGUGGGUCACAGAUGUUCAGGAGUGGGCUCACACUACAACUGUAGGAGACAGUGAUGCUGCAAUUCAGACAACAAGGAACACAAUAGAAGAAUUAUCUUUGUGCAUUAAACAACGGCAGCAUCGUCUUUAUAGACACACUGCCACAAACAAGGGACGGAAUAAAAUAAGGAGAAAAAUCAAUGAUGAGAAAAAGAAGCUGGCUUUUGCCAUUGAACAGCACAAUGCCCUUGUUGACCCCGCCCUUAAGGUAGCGUCCGCUGAAGAGGUCCUUCAAAAUGACUUUGUUUUCCCCUGGCAACUAACAGAGCAAGAUGAUGUCAAUCUCUUGACAAAGAAAAAAGUCUUUGACAAGUUAAUGCUGAUUCAACGCCUAGAAGAAGAACAGACUGUUCUUGUUCAAGAGGCAAAGCAGCAUUGGCUGUAUCUAAGAAGUCAGGAACACAAACUGAACAGUUUGCUUGAUACCAUCAUUUCAGGUGUUAACCCCUGGAAUCUUCCAGAUGAUGGGAUUCAAGGACUUCAAUGUGUGUUGAAGAGAAAAUUACAUCAGUUAAGAGCUCACCAGGACACUGUAAAAACAAGUUAUCAGGCAAUAGACACCAUAAACCAACAUAUUACUGUUGAAGAAUGUGAAUAUCCCAGCUGGCCAGAAGACUCAGAAGCCCUUUAUUCAAGCAGUACUGAUCUGAGCUCUGAUGAAGAUGAUACGUGUCUGCUGUAGUUAUUUGCUAAAUACAUUGCUAUCUAUAUCUAAUCUAUAACUCCUCUUUCUCCAUCUGUCUUCUCUUUUUUUCCCUCUGUUUGCAUUUGUGUUUGCCUUAUAAAAUGGGAGAUGAAAGAUUAACUUUUUUAGGGAUGGAUUACAAUGUUAAUUGGGGUAUUUCUGAUGGGAUUUAAUUUUACAGACAUAUAUCCUAUGCAUUUUUACAGACAUGUGCUACAGUGGAUUGCUGGGAUUGGGGGCUGUAAGUGUA